CAUACUCACUUAAGAAUUAAAAUAUCGUAAAAAACUGGCUAGAAAACAUAGAUAAUGUUCUCAUGUAAAAGUUCUCUACGUUAGUUGAUAACAGGUUGAUUCGCUUAAAUAUCAAAACUAACGGCGCACUAUUUAAACUAGUGAACGAAAAUUUGCCAUGUCGUGCGUGUGUAAGACGUAGACAACACAUUCGGGUGCGACGUCCUCUUAAUACAGUGAAACUUCCAUAUAACGAACUUCCAUUUAACGAAAUUUUCUGUUUAACGAAAUAUUUUUAAGAACUAUUACCUUCAUUGUUAAUUACACGUAAAUUUAUCUCCAAAUAACGAAUCUGAUGUUUCUAUAUAACGAAAUAAUUAUUCGAUAAAAACCAGUUUUUGUAAAUGUUGUCACUAUCAAAUUGAUAGUUUAUGUCAUAGUAGGUCUAAAAUUGUACAUGAACCCGUACAUUUGUACAUUGAACCCGACAAAGAUAAGACACUGAAGGUAGGCAAACUGAUUAAUUUUACUGUAGUACACUUCAGUUCCAAUAUUGGUGCAAACGAGUAUACAUUCUUUCGUUUUCUCUUCGUCCGUACAAAAAAAUGUCAAAACGUAAAUGUUUAUCCAUCUCCGAUAAAUUUUAAAUUUUAAACGAAGUUGAUAAAGGUGUUAAAAAAAAAGAUAUUGCCGCAAAAUAUAGUAUUCCAACAAGUUCUCUAUCAACCAUUUUGAAAAACCGUGAAAACAUAACCAAUCAAAUGCAAAAUUCUUCUCUCCUCAGCAAUAGAAAACGAAUGAAAAUUUGUGUCUAUGAAGAAGUUGACAACGCUGUUCUUAAAUGGAUGACUUGUAUACGAAAUAACAAUCUGCCUAUAUCAGGUUCGUUAAUCAAAGAAAAAGCAAUUUAUUUUGCUCAGAAAUUUGGUUUUAUCGAUUUUCGUGCAAGCUCUGGAUGGUUAGAUAAAUUUAAAUCGAGACAUAAUGUUGUGUUUAAAGUUAUUUGUGGUGAGAGUGCUGAUGUUCAAGAAAAUGACUGUGAUACAUGGAAAUUAAAUGUUUUUCCAAAAUUAAUUGAAAAAUUCAAUCCAAAAGAUAUUUUUAACGCUGAUGAGACAGGUUUAUUUUUUAAAUGUUUACCAAACAAAACGUUAACUUUUAAAAAUGACAAAUGUUUCGGAGGUAAGCAUAGUAAAGAGCGAGUUACUUUGAUGGUGUGUUCUAAUAUGACUGGAACUGAAAAACAAAAACUUCUAAUUAUUGGAAUAAGCAAAAAUCCAAGGUGUUUCAAAGGCAUAAAAUCACUUGAAACAAAUUACGAUUUUAAUAAAAAAGCGUGGAUGACAUCAUUAAUUUUUGAAAAGUGGUUACUAGAUAUUGAUCAAAAAAUGAGUCAAGAAAAUCGAAAAAUAAUUUUAUUUGUGGAUAAUUGUACUGCUCAUCCUCGUACCUUAUCUACAAAGUUAAAAUCUGUAACGCUUGCAUAUUUUCCCCCAAAUACAACAAGUAAGCUCCAACCAAUGGACCAAGGAAUAAUAAAUAAUCUUAAAGUGUAUUAUCGAAAACGUAUUUUGAACAAAGUUAUUUCAAAUCUUGAACAGAGAACAACAAUUACUCUGCGAGAUUGUAUUUCUGUGGUAUCGAAAGCUUGGAGAAGUGAUGUAACGUCCGAAACCAUAAAAAAAUGUUUUUUCAAAGCUGGAUUUACAAAUGAAAAUGUUGAAACCGAUAUUGAAAUACCAGAUGUACAACGAGAAUGGGAGUUAGUUCACUGCGAUGGCGUUACUUUAAAAGAUUAUUUGAAAAUUGAUGAAGAUAUCGCCGUAUAUGAAUCACCUACUGAAGAAAGUAUUGUAGAAGAGGUUAGAAAAAAAGAAAAUCCUGAUGAAUUUGAAGAAGAAGACGACGAAGAGGAACAUGCAGUAGAACAAUCCAAACUCACAGAAGAAGAUAUAUUAAUCGCUUUAUCGGUGGUAAGAAAUGGGUUUAGACAAGAAGCAAAUGUUCCCGAUUAAAUUUUUUUAAAACUUGACGAUAUAGAAACUUUUUACGAAUGAAGGACAAUUUUCAAAAAUAAUAAACAAACAAAACUUACUGAUUAUUUCUUUUAAAUUAUAUUUAAGGUU